AUGCCGUACACAAUCAUACGCCGUGAGUGCAUCAAGGCAAUGCCAGGGCUCGCCAACUUCAUCCAGGACGCGAGCAACCAGGAGCACGGGACCCACCAGGCAGUAUCGUCGAUCGCAGUGAUGCUUAAUAUACAUGGGAUGGCAACGGCAAACAUCAAAACAUAUGGAGAUGCACAAUACGAGUUGAUCUCAAGAGAGGUGGAGGCAAGUCAUCCAGAUUUGACGGGGCAGAUUGCCAACAUGUGCAAGUAUGUUGAAAAGUGGAGCGGUGGUGAGGCAGCGCAAUUUCUGCAUGAGUUGUGGUCUUUUCAGGGCGGCCUCAAGUUCACGAGGACAGUCGAUGGCACAUCGUGGGGUCUCCUCGCAAGCCUGCCCCUUCAGGAAGCCCCAGAGUACGUCACUGGGCUGGCCAAGGCAAUGAUGUCGAGCCCCGAGAAAUAUUGCAAGAUGGGCCCCAGCAGGUUGUUUGUCAGUUCGGAUUUCUCUGAUUUGAAAAAGACUGCUAAGAGGGCCGCAGUGGUGAAGGCUGCUUCGUCGUUCAGGGCAGCCGCAGCGUAUUUGGACAAGCUCAAGAUUUCGAAGACUCAUCGCGCCCAACUGCUGGGCGAUUUCCAGGUGCGCACCGUCAUGACUUUACAUUCCAAGAAGUGCCCGACACGCAAAGAGUAUAAACACAUGGAGGAGGUCCAGCAAUCAUUCUUACAAGAUGUACUAGAUGCUCACCCCGAGGCCAAGUCCACAGCGGCCCCAUGGAAGUUGACUGCAAAACCAUGCGCCCAUAAGGAGGGCGAUGCCAUGCCAAUCGGAGGUCUUGUCCAAUUUGGGAAAUCAAACGUCAUGUCCAAGGAUGCCCUCGCGGAGCUCGGCUUCAAGCUCGGCUCGACGGUCGUGGCCAAGAACGGAGAUAGCACCCAGGAGUACACGAUCGAGGAUGUCGAUACCAAGUGCAACGUCGUGUUGAAGGCCCACUUGGACAACAAGACGAUGGCCGCUACGUUCUCGAUUCCGACUGGCAGGCUAGCCGACGAGUGCCAGGUGGAGAAGCCGUCCGAGGAGACCACCCUCAGCGUCAAGAGUGUGAUCAACAGGGCGCUGGAGCCCCUGGAGAACACGGACGUGCGCAACGAGGCGGCCAAGGCCGCGGUCAGGCUCGCCCUGGGCAGGGCGUUUUUGAGCAACGCUCAGCGGUGCGAUCUGACAGUCCAUUAUGUUUCGGUGCCGAAGGAUUCAAUUGUGAGAGUCACUGCGAGUGACAAGAUUGAGAUUAAUGAGUUGAUUCUCGUGCCUUUCACGCCGCACAUUACCAUAGGAUAUGAUGACAAAAAGCAGCCCGCCAAUGGUACGAGUGUUGAUGUCUCGCAUUUGGUUGGUGAGAAAGGCGCUCGCGCGACUCUCGCCCCGAAGUUUGAUAAGCACACGUUCGUCGUGCCCUUCUGGGCAGUCCCGUUUGCUAAAGACUCGAAGGUGCCGAGCCUCGCUUGGACCAGUGUAGCUGUUGAUGUGUGUACGUUUGUGGGAGCUGUCAAAACUGCUAAGUCAGUGACCGUGCCAGCCCUCACAAAUCCGAAGACGAUUCAGGCGGGCCACGAGUUGUAUCGCCCCAGGGAGUCGCUCGUCACCGCAGUUGGCGGCGGCGGCAGUGGCAGCAAGUAA